GAGAGAUAAAGACAGAGGUAAGAGGGAUAAAGUCUGAUAAGGCUGCACCAGUCAGCUGGCUACAGUAGAGAGACAGAGAAGAGUGAUAGGGUGAGUGGAUCUGUAUCCUCUGCUGCUGCAGCUUCUCUCUCUCACUGACUGACUGAUCAAACACAGAUGAUGUCAUCGGAGCACCUGACCUGUGGUUGGCUGCAGCAGCUACUCAUUGUGCUUCUAAAGCUUUGCCUUGCGUUUGCUGGGCCUUUGCGAGUGCUCAAUGGAACUGAAUGCACAGCCAAGGGUCCUGCUUCCUACAUCCUGGUCUUUACAGGUCACUGGAGCCCACAGGCCUUUCCCAAGCAGUAUCCACUGUUCCGUCCCCCUGCACAGUGGUCCAAACUCAUAGCGGUAAGCCAUACUCGUCAUUUUCGACUGUGGGAGGAGGGUGCUUCGGCCAGUGCAGGAGUGCAGAUCUUUGCUGAACUCGGGUUGACAGUGGAGCUGAUGAAGGCAGCCAAGGAGGCCAGAAAGAGACGCGUGGUUGGCGCCAUGUACCGAACGGCAGGAAUCCCUAAUGGCAUCGGGCACAGCUCCACAGAGUUGCUCAUGCAGCCCCGGAACUCCGUGUUGUCAGUGAUGGUGAAGAUGAUCCCCAGCCCUGACUGGUUUGUCGGUGUGGACAGCGUAAACCUUUGCGAGGGCAGCGAGUGGAAACAGGAAGUGACCAUUGACCUCCAUCCUUAUGAUGCAGGGACAGACAGCGGAUUCACUUUCUCCUCCCCCAACUUCCCCACGAGUCCCCAAGAAAACAUUACAAAGAUCACAUCUCAGAUGCCAAACCACCCAGCCAACUCCUUCUACUAUCCACGCUUAAAGGAGCUACCACCAAUGGCCAGCAUAAGGAUCACUCGACAGAAGAGGCUGCCUGACCGUCAAACCCCAAUAUCCAAUCAUAUUCUGCCUAACUCCAUCAGUCCGCAGCGCUUCUCAGUGACACCACUGGACUGUGAAGUGUCUCUCUGGUCAUCCUGGGGUUUGUGUCUGGGUCCUUGCUCCAGAGGUGGCACUCGCCACCGCACCAGGUACAUCCUUCUGAGGCCAGCAAAUGCUGGCGUCCCCUGUCCUGAGCUGGAGGAACAGGCUGAAUGUGUACCACACAGCUGUAGGAAACACCACUAAUCCACACAAAUAUUGCCAGUAUUGGAUAGUGGGACUCUUACAUUAUCAUUGCUGGAUUGAGAAAGAUGUGUAUAUAUACAAUACACUUAUCAGAUCAGUCAUGGUCCGUUUGUAACCAGCAACACAAGUUUUUUAAGGUUACGCUGAUAGAGGCACACCGAUGUCACAAAUUAACACAUUUCACAUGCACACAUGCACAUGUAUCCACACAGGUAGGAACAGAAGUCUCCACACAAAGAUCCUUGCAUAUACUGCAUACUAUCAGGCAUUAGUUUACCUAUGGCACAUGCAGCUCUUUAAAAAAUAACCUCACACCCAAUUUAUAAAUAUCACCCUUCACAAGAAAAAAUAGAACCCUAAUAGCUGACUUGAAGCAUAGAGCCAGUAUGAAGAUGCUGACCUAUUUUGUAACAAAAUACAAGUAAAAUAAAGAUGAAUAUUUGUUGUAUUAUCCUUUUUGAUAUUUUAAUGUUAAGGUUUUGUACAUACUGUGCCGAUGUAUAACUUGUGAAUAAAUAUGGAGGCGUUUUUUCAAAUAGA